CCUCAGUCUGGUGCACCAGCUCGACGGGGAGCUGAGAACAAGGGACAGAAACUAGAUCUCUCCAAGCUAAACCUAAGUUUCUUUUUUUAAAAACUUUGCUUUCUAACUAGCUGUUUAAUACUUUACAUAGAAAUCUUUUUAUUUCCUACAAAAUGACUGGUAGCCUGCUGACAGGGUUGCUGGUUACGUUGUGCGUAAGCAGCGCAGUCCACGGUUUGCCAAAGAAGACCAAAAGACAACAAUCAGGCCAGUAUCAGGUGUAUCCUCAGCUCAACGUCGCAGAAAUCACGACCAUCGACUCUUCAGAUGGCUGUGAGGAAAACGGCCGCUCAUACAGACUGAACGAGCAGUGGGAGAAACCGUACCGCGGCAGUACACUGGUGUGCACCUGUAACGGAGCAGCUGGCAUCCAGUGUAAAACUAAGUCUGCAGAGGAGGAGACGUGUUAUGAUAAGCACAAUGACCGGACAUACCGCGUUGGUGAGACCUAUGAGGUCCGAAAGGACGGGAUGAUAUGGGACUGCACCUGUAUUGGUUCUGGUCGGAAUAAGAUAGCUUGUAGCAUCGCAAAUCGUUGCCAGGAAGGUGGGAGGUCAUAUAAAAUCGGAGACACUUGGCAGAGGCCUCAUGAAACUGCUGACUACAUGCUGGACUGUGUGUGCCUUGGAAAUAACAAAGGAGAGUGGACUUGCAAACCUGUGGCUGAGCAUUGCUAUGACAAUGGCACAUCAUACCUAGUGGGGGCAACCUGGGAGAAACAGUACCAAGGUUGGAUGAUGCUGGACUGUACCUGCCUGGGAGAGGGAAAUGGACAAAUCACAUGUACCUCAAGGAAUCGCUGCAAUGACAAUAAAAGCAAGAAGUCCUACCGUAUCGGAGACAAAUGGACAGUGACUGACUCAAGUGGGCAUCCCGUGCCAUGUGUGUGCUUAGGAAAUGGCCGUGGAGAGUCAAAGUGUGAAAGACACAUCACAGGCCAAUCCACAGGUACUGUCAGGGUACAACCUGUCAUUUCCCAGUAUCAGGUGGGGCCUGAUAUCCCUGGUGAGGGAACCUGCCGCACAGACUCUGGAGCCACCUUCUACGACGGACAGCGCUGGAUUAGAAACCAGGGCAGCGUGCAGAUGCUUUGUAUGUGUCUGGGCAAUGGAGUCAGCUGUCAGGAGUGGGAGGCCACGAACCAGGUAUAUGGUGGUAACUCUAAUGGCCAGCCAUGUGUGUUCCCCUUCGUCUUCAUGGGGAACACACACUACUCCUGCACUUCUGACGGGCGCACUGAUGGACAGCUCUGGUGCGCCACAACCUCAGACUAUGAGAGAGACCAGCAGUACUCUUUCUGUACUGAGAAGAAUGCCAUUGUGGUAACACGAGGUGGCAACUCCAACGGUGCCCUGUGCCACUUCCCCUUCCUCUACAGUGGCCAUAACUACACUGACUGCACCUCUCACGGUCGCCGUGACAGUAUGAGGUGGUGUGGUACCACCUACAACUACGACGCAGAGCAGCGCUAUGGAUUCUGCCCCAUGGCUGCCCAUGAGGAGGUAUGUACCACCAACGAUGGAAUGAUGUACCGUGUUGGCGAUAAGUGGGACAAACGCCAUGAUGUCAUGGGCCACAUGAUGGAGUGCACAUGCCUGGGCAACGGCCGUGGCGAGUGGAACUGUGUUGCUUACUCCACGCUUCGAGAUCAGUGCAUUGUUGACGGCCAGACCUAUGAGGUAAACGAGUUAUUCACAAAGCGCCAUAAUGAGGGCUACCUGAUGAACUGCACCUGCUAUGGACAGGGACGUGGACGCUGGAAGUGUGAUGCAGUUGAUCAGUGUCACGAGCCACAAACGAAAGUAUUCUAUCAGAUUGGAGAGUCAUGGGACAAAGUCCUCCAUGGCAUUCGCCACCGCUGUUAUUGCUAUGGAAACGGGGCUGGACAGAUGAGCUGUGAACCUCAGCAGACCUACCCAGACGGCCACAGACCUGUCCAGGUAAUCAUCACAGAGGCUGGAAAACAGCUAGACUCCCACCCCAUUCAGUGGAACCCCCCUUCAUCUGUUCACAUUACUCAGUACAUCCUCAAAUGGAGAAUUAAAAAUAGCCGUGUGCCCUGGAAGGAGGUCACCAUCCCCGGUCACCUCAACUCCUACACCAUCAGUGGGCUGCGUCCAAGUGUCACCUAUGAGGGUCAGCUGAUCAGCGUCCUGCGCUUUGGACGUCGUGAGAUCACACGCUUUGAAUUCACCACCACCCAGGGUUCUUUGGAAACAUCAGAAGGAGAGACGACCCAGCCUCUUCCAGUGGUUGAUACUUCUGAGUCGGUGACAGAAAUCACCUCAAACAGCUUCAUUGUGUCCUGGUCAUCAGCUUCUUCUACCAUUUCUGGCUUCAGGGUGGAGUAUGAGCUCAGUGAGGAGGGGGCGAAGCCAAGAGUCCUAGAUGUUCCUCACACAGCUACCUCUGUCACCAUCACUGAUCUCCUACCAGGGCGCAGAUACAACGUCAACGUCUAUGAGCUCCCAGAUGAGGGAGAGCCAACUCUUAUCCUGACUACCUCACAGACCACAGCUCCUGACACCCCUGCUCAGCAUGCCGUCGAUGAGGUGGGAGAGACCUCCAUUCAAAUCAGCUGGUCCAGACCCCAGGCUCCUAUUACUGGUUACCGUGUGGUGUACACGCCCUCAGUGGAAGGCAGCCGCAGCACUGAGCUGACCCUACCAGAUUCGGAGACCUCAGUGACCCUUGUUGAUCUUCGUCCUGGCCUGCUCUACAACAUCAGCAUUUAUGCUGUAGAGGAGGAUCGGGAGAGCGAGCCUGUUUUUGUACAGGUCAACACUGCUGGAUCUCCUCUACCAGAGGAGGUCCCAUCACCCACAGACUUACAGUUCUAUGAGGUUUCAGAUGUAAAGAUCACCAUCACUUGGACCGGUCCACCCAGUGAGGUGACUGGUUACAGGGUGUCCUAUUCCCCUAUUGGUCCUGACGGCACAGAGACAAGGCUCCUGCAGCUGCCUGUCUCACCCAACGCAUAUGCCGAUAUCACCCGCUUGCAGCCAGGCACACUCUACCGCUUCUACAUCUACGCCACCAAUGGUGGAGUGGAGAGCGAGCCACUCGUGGGAGAAAAGUCUACCAAACCUGAUUCACCAACCAAUGUGCAGUUCACUGAUAUCAGCCCCACUAGUGCAUUGGUCAUAUGGGAGGCUCCCCGUGCCGUCGUCACUGGCUACCGUCUCUUCCUGAGCACUGGAGGCACCACCCCUGUUGAGAAGAGGAUUCCAGGCAGAGUCACCCAGUAUCCGCUGAGGAAUCUGCGUCCAGACACCCAGUACAUUGCCACCCUGCACUCGGAGCUGGACAGUGAGCUCAGUGAGGGUGUCACUACAUAUUUUACUACUGCCCCCCAGAUGGGAAAUGCUCCUGCUUUCAGCACUGAGGUCACUGAUACCUCUAUCAUCAUCACCUGGAUACCCGUCCGCAGGUUCAGCUACAAGCUGUCUGUGCUCCCCAGCGAGGAAGGCGAGUCGCCUAGAGAAGAGACCUCUGACUCUGGUCGUAUUUACAUUGCCGGUCUGAUUCCUGGAACUCAGUACACCUAUAGUGUUCAGCCCAUCUUUAAUGGACGCAACCGUGGAAACCCGAUCACUCGCAGUGUUGUCACUUCCCUGUUACCUCCCACUGACCUCAGAGUGGAGUCCAACCCCAACACAGGAGAUCUCACUGUCCACUGGGUAGCAUCCAAAACACCAGACAUUUCAGGCUACAGGGUGACAAGCGCGCCAACUAAUGGUCAACGAGGAAACUCCCUGGAAGAGUUUGUCCGACCUGAUCAAACCUCCUGCGUCCUAGAGAACCUGAAUCUGGGAAUGGAGUACAACAUCAGUGUCUUCACUACUAAGGGGCAUGUGGAAAGUGUCCCUGUAUCCACUGUUGUCACGCCAGAAAUUCCCACACCAAGUCACAUUGACUUUGACUACAUUACUGACACCACCAUGAGGCUGCGCUGGAUCCCUAUGAACUAUACUACCAUUACUGGUUACCGGAUAACGGUAGUAGCAUCAGGCGAGAGCUUGCCAAUUUUUCAAGAUCUUGUGGAAGCAUCUACUGGUUAUUACACGAUUCAUGGUUUGGAACCAGGCGUGGACUAUGACAUCAGUAUCAUCACUGUUACAGAAGAGGGAGAAAGCAAGCCGACAACAUACACAAAGCAAACACAAGCUGUCAUUCCAGCUCCCACCAACCUGCAGUUUGGAGGGGUGGGUCCUGAUCAUAUUAGGGUGAUGUGGACAGUCCCCCACGUUGCCACACCAAGCGACAUCUCGCGGUUUGUCAUCCGUUACCACCCUGUAGCCACCGAUGAUGACAUUAAGGAGGUUAAUGUUGGUGGAGCCACCAACACUUUCCUGCUGCAGAACCUGCUGCCGAACACCGAGUAUCAUAUCAGUGUUGUGUGUGUGUACGGUGAACGAGAAAGUGAACCAGCCACAGGGACUCAGAGGACAACUCUGGACUCUCCCACUGGCUUGGACUUCUCUGACAUUCGGACCAACUCCUUCACUGUUCACUGGGUGGCUCCAACUGCUACUUUUACCAGCUACCGCAUCCGCUAUCAGAAGACGAGUGGCGGGAGGGCCAAGGAUGAGAGGCUGCCCCCAACCAGGAACCACUUCACUUUGACUGGACUGACACCAGAGACAGAGUACCUGAUAAAUGUGUAUGCUGUCAGCAACAGUCAUGAGAGUCAGCCUCUGACUGGCACACAGGCCACCAUCUCUGAUGUUCCCACUGAUUUGGAGGUAAUAUCAUCCACUCCCACCAGCAUCACCAUUCGCUGGGAUGCCCCCUCUGUCACAGUGAAGAACUACAAGAUCACAUCCAGAGGGACAGGUGGUGAGACUCAAGAGGUCUCAAUCCCAGGCUCUCAGACCACCGCCACCAUUCACGGUUUGAAGCCCGACACUGAAUAUACCAUCACUGUCAGUGCUGUUACUGGACGAGGAGACAGCCCUGCCUCCAGCUCGGCAAUCUCCAUCACACACAAAACUGAUCUCGAGCCCCCUACUGACAUGAGAUUGACUGAUGUGGAUGACAAUGCCAUCACAGUGCGAUGGUCUCCUGCUCAAGGACCAGUCAGAGGCUACAGAAUAACAAGCAUCCCCAAGAAUGGCCUGGGACCCUCCUACUCUGAGGUGGUGGGCCCUGAUCAGACAGAGGUGACGUUUACAGGACUGAUGCCUACUGUUGAGUAUGUUGUGAGUGUCUACACCCUGGGCAGAGAUGGACAACCCUCUUCCCCUGUGGUGGAGAAUGCUAUCACUGCUAUGGAUCGUCCCAAAGACCUGACCUUCUCUGACAUUGAGUCCACCUCCAUGCGCAUCACUUGGGACAGUCCAGACGGCACAGUGACGUCAUACCGUGUCCUUUACUCCAGCUCAGAGGAGGGUGAGAGGGAAUUGCGUCCAGCACCCAGGGGUGACCAGGACAGUGUGGUGCUGAGAGGCCUUCGCCCUGGGACAGAGUACACAGUUACAGUCAUUGCUCUUCAUGGCCGCACACCCAGCACACCGUUGGUGGGAACACAAGCCACAGUAAUCCCUGCUCCAACCAACUUGGUGAUCUCAGAGGUUGGUCCCGCUGCAUUCACUGUGUCAUGGCGAGCCCCGAGUGCACACCUGACAGGCUAUCGUGUAGUAGUCACCCCCAAGAACAUCAAUGCCCCCCCCAAAGAGAUGAAUGUGGCUCCAGACACUAAAAGGGUUGUUGUACCAGAACUCAUGGUGGCAACCACAUACCAAAUACGUGUGUACGCUCUGAAGAACUCUGUCACCAGCAGACCACUGGAGGGAGAAACUACAACACUGGAAGAGCUAGGUCCUCCUCGGCGCGUGCGAAUUUCUGAUGUGAAGGAUACUUCUUUCACACUGACGUGGCGUGCCAAAGUAGAACCCAUCACUGGUUUCCUCAUUGAGGCCAAGCCCUCUGGUGUCUCGCACCCCACUGUUAGCAGGACAAUCCCAGGAGACACAUACACCUACACUGUCACAGGACUGCAACCCAGCACCUCGUACUCGGUUAGCUUGUACACUCUGAAUGGCAACACAAGGAGUGCCCCAUUUACUCUCUCCAUUCAAACAGCUCAACCAGUGGUCCAGGCUCCCACCAAUCUCCAGUACACAUCUUUGACCCCGACCUCCAUCUCCUUCACCUGGCAGCCACCUGCCACACACAUCACAGGGUACUACAUCACCUAUGAGGAAUCAGGAAAAGCACCACGGGAGCUCACCCCACGACCCCAUGCUGGCCAAAACUACGCCAAAAUACCUGACCUGAGACCAGCCACAGAGUACAUCAUCAAGAUCAUUGCGAUCCAGAACCAACAGAAGAGCACUCCUCUGGUGGGCAGGAUCAGGACUCAACCAGACUCCUUUUUUCCCUUGCCUCUGCCCCACCACCCUGGAGUUGUUGAUGACAAGCUCGAUGUGCCUGAAACUGACUUGGAUAACAGGGUCCAAGUAGUGGGCACCAAUCGUGAGGAUGGGCUUGGUGGUCAUAGCCAACAUGUGGAGUACACAGAGUACAACAACAACAAUGGAGACAACAGAUACAAUGGUCAUGGUGGCAACCCACAGUCUCCCUAUGGGCAAGUUCGUGAGCCCCUGGUCUUUGUGCCCCUUCCUGAUGCAGACGGUCACAGAAAGCCUGUUGUGAAGCUCAACGUACCCAUCGGCUCUACGGUUAGUAACGAGACGGGGGUGCCCCAGGAGGCUCAAACUCACACCACCCUCUUCUGGAAGCCUUACAGUCAGAGCACCUCCUACCUAGUUUCCUGCCAACCUCUCACACACUUAAAUGAGAAGAUGUUCCAGGUAAGCCUACCAGGCACAGCCACCACUGCUACCCUGAUAGGGCUCACCCCCGGAGCGAACUACAACGUGAUCGUGGAGGCUGUUUUGGGAAUGCUCAGACACAAGGUUCUGGAGCAGGUCAUCACUGCUGGGACCACAGCAUCUCACAUUCCCCCAGAGGGAGCACCUUCUGAUAAGGACUCGUGUUACGAUGCCUUCACGGCAACCUACCAUGAUGUCGGUGCUGAAUGGGAGCGGAUGUCCGAGACAGGUUUCAAGCUGUGGUGCAGGUGCCUGGGCCUGGGCAGUGGUCACUUCAGAUGUGAUUCAUCUAAAUGGUGCCAUGACAAUGGCAACAACUAUCGCAUUGGAGAGAAGUGGGACCGCCGUGCAGAGAAUGGUCACUUAAUGAGCUGUACUUGCUUGGGAAAUGGCAGAGGAGAGUUCAAAUGUCAACCACAUGAAUCAAUGUGCUAUGAUGAUGGCAAAACAUACCAGGUGGGAAACCGGUGGGAGAAGGAGUACCUAGGCGCCAUCUGCACCUGCACGUGCUUUGGAGGACAACAGGGCUGGCGAUGCGAGAACUGCCGCAGACCAGGUGCUGAUGUCGAUGCCAGUCUGUUGCACACGGUUAGAUAUGGAGACAACACACUACGCAAAUUGAAUGUCCAUUGCCCCAUCGAGUGCCUCCGACCCGACCUGCUUGCUGAUGCACACGCUCCACGGGAAUAAAAGGAGCAGCUGUCUGACAUCUGCUUUGCUCCCUCAUUGUCCAGCCAAUUGCUGCACUCUCGCCCCGUAGAAGCCCCGCUGUCUGUGACUGAACUAACUGCCUUAUCACUUUCUGACAUGUUUUAGUUACACUGCCCUGCUGCCUAAUCAUUUUCUAGUCUUUUCACUGUUAAAUUUCUAAAUUCCUUCUCUGUUGGAAAAUGAAGACUCUUGCCAGUGCAGUUUUCUUUUGUCUAGCAUAUUUGUCAAAGUGGCAUUUGUUUCCCCAUUAAAUAUUGAGAAACAUUUCCUAAUCAAAGAGCAGAAACUGUCAGAAAGUAAGCACUGUGUUAAAGAAUGUCUAUGUAGUUAACAGUAUUGUUGAAAAUGUGCUUCUAUUUUCUGUAGCCCUCCUUUUGUUACUGAGGGGUCACACUGUAUUGAUGGACACAUUCUGAAUUCUAAUGUCUUUUCUAAUUUAUCUCUUUAGUCUCAGUGUGAAUGUUUGAACUGGGAGGUCAGAAUUUGAACUAUUUUUGUACAUUGUUGUCUGUACCAAAGUUGUUUCUACCUUUGACAAAAAAGUCCCUUAUUUUAAUAAAGCUGGAGAGAUCCUGAAAUCUA